AAAUAAUUGAAACACAGCAAUAUGUUCAGAGUGUUACAGUCAACCCAAAAUGACGACGUGAAGAAAGUCAACCGUAUAAGUUACAAGAAGACUUAUAAUGGGAUAAUAAAGGUUUUGGAUGAGCAAUACAUCUCAAAGAUGUCAUGUGGAAUCAAAGAUAAUUUAGGAUGGGAAGAAGGUGACUCCGCUGGGGUUAGCAAGGGUACUAGCCUUACGCUUGGCAGAAGAGAUGAUGAUGCUGUUCAUGAGGGCAUGAAAGAUGAAGAGGAUGUGGACUAUAAAGUGAUUUAUCUGCUCGACUAUUCGUUUGUGCAGAAUCAGAUUGAUUUAAUUGAUCAAUACGACGAAUUAAGUAAUUGUGUCAUCCUCAAAUCAACUCAUGAGAGUAUUAUGGCAGGCCCAAACAGAAUGGCAGCUUUCAACAAGUGGAACAUUAUUCAAGAUAUCAUUGAGAAUCGUGAUUAUAGACAUUUCUUCUACUUUUACGAUGAGAAUCAUGAGAGUACUUAUUUCAGUGAGAAGGAAGUUGAGAAAUAUCUUUGUGGGAGAAGUAAGGAUUUCAAGAACCGUCUCAAAGCGUUGAGAGCACUGGUAUUUUACAACAUUCACCUUCGCGAGGUGCUUGAUGAGGACCACAAGGUUGUACUCCUGACUGAUUCCAAUUUAAAGCAAGGUUUAUCUGGAAAUUCAGGCUAUGAAGAACUGCUCAGUGACGAAGAUGGUGACAUUAAUUACGGAAAACUGUUCGCAGGCCAAGAAGCCUGGAGCCAGAUCAAUUUGAACAUUAUGACUACAGAUGAGUUCAUAAGUCAGCAGAAAGAUGAUAAUGUGCUUAUGGAUUUCACCAAGAAAGACUUGUCUGAUGACUUCAGAGAUGAACUAAAAUACACUAAAGCACUUUAUCCUGACCAUGUUGACUCCAGCACUCUGAUGCUUCAGAUCAAACAAGGACAGUACUUCCUUGGCCGUCUUCAAGUUAGCAGGUUCGACAUCACCGAAGCGACAAUCAAGAUUAAUGGAAUCACCAACGACGUGCUGAUCAGAGGAAAACACAACUUAAACAGAGGCCUUAACAUGGACAUGUGCGGAAUUGAGAUCCUUCCUGAAGAUCAGUGGGAGCAGAAAGGCAACAGAGUCGACGCAGUAGUCACAGAUCUGCUCGAGAAAGAAAUGGAUGUCGACGUUAAGCAAGACAGCGACAGCGAAGAAGAAAACGAAGAAACCUUAAACAUCGUUGAGAAGAUCAACCAGAGCACAAAGCAGCCAAUGGGUAAGGUGGUAGGAGUAAUCCAGGGCGGAGCCAAUUCGAAGAACCAAGGCACCAAGACUUACGCUGGGUCAACAAUAGCAUAUAAGGACUUGUUGGAAGAGGAUAAAGCGCUAUUUGAUCACAUUGAUGUUGAAUGAUUUGAGAAAAAUUAUCGCAUCUUUAUUCCAUUUGAUGUGAGAAUGGAAAAAGUUCUGAUAAAAUCCUCUAGACCAGAAUUUCUUGAUGACAAGAGAAUUGUUGUAAAAGUUGAUGGCUGGGAUGCCCACUUACCAUAUCCUUAUGGCCAUAUUGUAAAAAUUAUUGGUGAAAUGAAUGACUCAAAGACUGAAAGUGCUGUGAUUUUACAUGAGUUCAAUAUCGAUACAAGACCAUUUUCUAAGAAAGUUCUUGACUGCUUGCCAACUAAGGGAGAUAAAUGGGAAAUUCCAGAAGAGGAAGAAGCAAAAAGGUUAGACCUUAGAGGACUUAAUAUCUGCUCGAUUGAUCCUCCAGGCUGUAAAGAUAUAGAUGAUGCAUUGCACUGUAUUACUCUCCCAAAUGGAAAUUUCCAAGUUGGAGUUCAUAUUGCAGAUGUCACCCAUUUUGUGAAACCAGGAGCUGAAAUAGACAAAGAAGCAGCUAGAAGAUGUACGACUGUAUAUCUCGUAGAGAAAAGAACAGACAUGCUUCCUGGUUUAUUGACUGAGAAUUUAUGCUCCCUUAGAAGCAAAGUUGAUAGGCUAGCCUUCUCUGUGAUAUGGGAAAUUAACUCCAAAACAUUUGAAAUUGUCAAAGUUGAUUACCACAAGACCAUCAUAAGGUCAGUAGCUUCCUUGACAUACAAAGAUGCACAAGGAAUGAUUGAAGAUGAGAAAGAUCAGAGCGAACUGACUCUUGGAAUUAGAAAUUUGAUGAAAAUAGCAGUCAAUUUGAGAAGGAGAAGAAAUGAAGCAGGAGCUUUAACUCUGGCUUCUCCAGAAGUCAGAUUCAAUUUAGAUAGGGAGAGUCUGAAUCCAACUGAUGUGGCACUAUAUCAACAUGUUGACACUAAUUUCUUGGUUGAGGAAUUCAUGCUUCUUGCAAAUGUUGCAGUUGCUUCAAAGAUAGUAGAUUCGUAUCCUGCGUACUCUGUUUUGAGAAGACAUGAGAGCCCAAAAGUUAAAGAACUAGACGAGUUCAAAAAGUUGUUAGCUAAAUUUGGAUUCCAAAUUAACUCUGAAUCAUCUAAAGCUCUUGCAGAGUCUUUAGACUCAGCAGAUAGGCCAGCUGAUCCUUUGUUCAACAAAGUCAUCAGAAUUCUAGUCACUAGGUGCAUGAACCAAGCUUUGUACUUCAACACUGCUGAUUUUGAAAUGGCUGAUUUUCAUCAUUAUGGUCUGGCUGCUCCAUUAUAUACUCAUUUUACUUCUCCAAUCAGAAGAUAUGCAGAUGUACUAGUUCAUAGACUUUUAGCUGCUUCUUUAGAUCUCUACUCUCUUCCAAAUCAGAUGACUGAUAAGGAGAAGGUGUCAAAGCAGUGUAACACAAUGAAUCGGAAGAACAGGAUGGCAGCUCUGGCCAGCAGAGCUUCAUCAGAGUUCUACACUUAUAAAUUCUUCAAAGACAAGGAGAAUUAUGUUGAAGAGGCCAUGAUCCUAAAAAUCUCUCCUGCUGGGAUCCAUGUGAUUAUCCUUAAGUACGGUAUUGAAGGACUCCUCGAGAACAUCGUUGGCGAAGUAGAAAUCCAGCCAGAUCCAGAGAACGAGAAAGCCCUUAUCAACGACGAAAUCGAAGUUAGAACAUUCCAGCACUGUAAAGUCAAGAUCGUCAGCCAAAUGAUCGACUACAGGAGGUCAAUGGCUCUUAAAUUUAUCGAGUUACUCUAAAAAGGCAAUAAUGGGUUUAUAGAACGCAAUUUUA